GGCGCCGGUGAUUCUCGCUCUCUCUUCCGUCACACUUGUUUUGUUUCUCUGUACCACUCCAACAUCUCUUCAUGUUAAUGUUUUUUCUUUUCGGGGCAUUAUAAACUUGGAGCAAAGGCUAACAUCUGAACAGAGGAACGAGUUUUGGAAUCUCCGAGUGAUUUGGAAUAUGGAGGGAGAAAGAGUGGAAGGCUCAAAGAGGCCAUUUCGAGGUAUCAUAGGAGAUGUCAGAGGAAGAGCCUUGUGUUACAAGCAAGACUGGAUCGCUGGUCUCCGUUCUGGUUUCGGGAUUUUAGCACCGACGACAUAUGUUUUCUUUGCCUCUGCACUUCCUGUUAUCGCCUUUGGCGAGCAACUCAGCCACGACACAGAGGGAUCUUUGAGUACAGUGGAGACGUUAGCAUCAACAGCGUUAUGUGGAGUGAUACACUCGAUAUCGGGAGGACAACCAUUGUUGAUACUUGGAGUUGCAGAACCAACUGUCUUAAUGUACAAAUACUUGUACGACUUCGCUAAAGGAAAACCAGAAUUGGGCAAACAACUCUACUUAGCUUGGGUUGCUUGGGUUUGUGUAUGGACGGCUUUGUUACUGUUCCUAAUGGCGAUAUUCAACAUGGCUUAUAUCAUCAACCGGUUCACGAGGAUCGCUGGUGAGCUGUUUGGUAUGUUGAUCGCUGUUCUGUUUCUCCAACAAACCAUAAAGGGAAUGUUGAGUGAAUUCAGGAUUCCAAAAGGUGAAGACUCAAAACUUGAAAAGUAUCAGUUUGAAUGGCUCUACACAAACGGACUUCUCGGCCUUAUUUUCACCUACGGUCUUGUCUACACCGCUUUGAAGAGCAGAAAAGCAAGGUCUUGGCGAUACGGAACAGGGUGGUGCCGAAGCUUCCUCGCAGACUACGGAGUUCCGUUGAUGGUAGUGGUUUGGACAGCAUUGUCUUUCGGUACGCCAUCAAAACUACCCUCUGGUGUCCCGAGAAGACUCGUUAGUCCUCUUCCAUGGGACUCUGUUUCUUUAAAACAUUGGACUGUCAUCAAGGACAUGGGGAAAGUCUCUCCGGGAUACAUAUUUGUGGCGUUUAUACCCGCAUUGAUGAUCGCAGGUCUCUACUUCUUUGACCACAGCGUUGUCUCGCAGCUCGCGCAGCAGAAGGAGUUCAACCUCAAGAACCCUUCUGCUUAUCACUACGACAUUCUCUUGUUAGGUUUCAUGGUGUUGAUCUGUGGAUUGCUCGGUCUGCCGCCUUCCAACGGAGUCCUCCCGCAGUCUCCUAUGCAUACCAAAAGCCUUGCUGUUUUCAAACGACAGUUAAUGAGGAAGAAGAUGGUAAUGACAGCCAAAGAAAGCAUCAGACAGAGAGCAACGUCUUCCCAAGUGUACGAGGAUAUGCAACAAGUCUUCAUAGAAAUGGACAAAAGCCCACUUGCUGAGACACACACAACACUGAUAAAUGAGCUGCAAGAUCUGAAAGAGGCAGUGAUGAAGAAGAGCGAAAACGAUGGAGAUACCGGAGACGAGAGUGGUUUCGAUCCAGAGAAGCAUGUUGACGCUUACUUGCCUGUUCGAGUCAACGAGCAGAGAGUAAGCAACCUGUUGCAAUCACUGCUAGUGAUAGGUGCAGUGUUUGCUAUACCGGCCAUUAAGCUCAUACCUACCUCACUUCUAUGGGGAUAUUUCGCUUACAUGGCUAUCGACAGCCUCCCAGACAACCAAUUCUUCGAACGCACUGUACUUCUCUUCGUCCCACCAAGCCGGAGAUUCAAGGUCUUGGAGGGAGCGCAUGCAUCGUUCGUAGAAAAAGUUCCAUAUAAGUCAAUGGCUGCAUUCACAUUGUUUCAGAUACUCUACUUUGGGCUUUGCUACGGAGUGACGUGGAUUCCAGUGGCCGGAAUCAUGUUUCCAGUUCUUUUCUUCCUCCUAAUAGCCAUCAGGCAGUACCUUCUUCCUAAGCUGUUUAAACAAGCCCAUCUCCGGGAACUCGAUGCCGCGGAGUACGAGGAGAUCCCUGGAACUCCUAGAAACCCGCUUGAACUGUCUUUCAGGUCGACUAACUCGGCAAGAGGCGUCCAAGAGUGUGAUGCGGAGAUUCUAGACGAGUUAACAACGAGCAGAGGCGAGCUUAAAGUCCGUACGCUCGGUCAUAACGAAGACAAAGGCCACCAGAUAUACCCCAAGGAGAUAGUAGAAGUAGGGGAUGUGGACAUGAGUACUUCGAGAGAGUGAUCUCUAUUAACAAUAACGGUCUAGACCAAUUUUGCAAGUAUAGAUCAUGAUGGUGGUCAUGUGCAAAACAUAGCUGAUAUGUGGCUUUUAUUUUUUCCUAAAUAAACCUGUUUGUCAAAA